UCGAAUUGGCUAAUUUUUGCGCGAGUUAUAAUAAACGGGAAAGUUGCUAAGUUUCGAUAUGGAGAAACAAGAAAUGGUUAGAAUGGAAAUUUUAGAUCCCUCUGAUAAUGAAUCUGAGACGAAUAUUUCUGACUCUCAAGAAAAAUCAACCUAUGAUGUUAAUGAUCACUCUGAGCAAAUGGAACAGCCGCAGUUGGAUAAUUUAGCAGCUGAAAUUACACAAAAUGAAACCGACCGUGAAACAGAAAAAGACAACUUCAAAAUUUCUGCAGCUGUAGAGAAGCUUGACGAGACCAUAGAAACGACAUUAGAUGUCAUCGCGACGAUACCUGAAAAUGAGUGCGCUUAUAAUGACAUUGAGCAGAGAAGACGAAGCAUUGAUGUGAAGGGCGAGCAGAUUGUGUUGGUUGAAUCAUUGUCGCAGAGAAACUUGGAGUUGCAAAGGACGAUAAUACAAUUAGAAGCUCAUCUAGAACAGACAUCCCAAGCAGCCAAGUUUAAGAUCAUGCAAGAAUCAACCAAUGCAAAAACGUUGAUCAAACUGCACCAUGAAAACGAGCAACUCGCCGAAGCUUUGAUGAAAAGUGAAAAAAUGAAGAGAAAGUUCGAAGCUGAAGUAUCAAUUCUCCGAUUGAGACAAGAUGCUUUGAUGGGAAUUCUCAAAACACUUAUUGAAAAUCAUAUUGAUUAAGUUUUUUACCAUAUGCAAAAGUCUUAGAUAUACAAUAACAAAAACUGGUCGUAACAGGGCGAAGCCUUGAAUGUUUCGACUGCCUUUCUAGGUCUU